AUGGAGGUAAAGCAAAAUUCGCAAGAUCUAAGUUUGAACGCCCCAAAGGAACCACUUAGUGAUGUCACACCAACUAUAAUUACUAGAAGACCUUCAAUAAGUAAUAGCGUGGCGGCGGGUAACAGAAGUGAGAAAUCAACGAGGUCAAAGAGAGCAUCUGUUUUAGAUAGAAGUACAGCAAAGAUAAAUUUUAGAGUGUCCUCAAGAGAAGCACAUAUUAUUAGAGAAUCAUGGGCUAUGAUGCUUAGUGAUGAGUUGACAUCUGAUAUGUAUACUCGAUUCUACCAAAAACUUAACACCAAUCGUCGGUUGGGCAUCAGUUCGAGCCCAUUUUCUAGCGCUAGAUUUUCAGAAAUUCAUAAAACUAACAUUGUGAAUAACUCAAAACAAUUGAACGUAAAAACAACCUUGGCUGCUGGUCCUGCAGAAGAUGUCGAUGUUGAAAAAUCUCUGUUUGCCAUACAGUUCUACGAAAAUUUAAUUCAUAUGGAUUCUACAGUGGAGAAAAUGUUUCCAUCAAUUAGACAUCAAGCGGUAUCUUUCAGCAAAAUUGUCAAUAACGCCGUCAAUAAUAUGGAGAACAUCCAUGCUUUGGAUACUCAAUUGAAGAAUAUCAGUAAAAGACAUGCCAGAAUCCUAUCAAUCGAUAAUCAGAAGUUCGAAGUAAUGGGUUUAGCUCUGUUAAAAACAUUUCAAGAUAGGUUUGGUUCUCUUUUCACUAUUGAACUAGAAGAGUGUUGGUCCAAAUUGUAUUCCUAUUUGGCCAAUUGUUUAUUACUGUACGGUAACGACCCAAUCCUACUGAAGCAAAUCAAUGAGAGCUAUAUGUGUGAAACGAGCUCACUUCAUGAAGGAGAAGUGAAGCCAGCUGAAUCAGUUGACGACGACUUUGACUUUCCAAUCCCAGAAAUUAGUGACGACGAUGAACAGCAAGAAGAAGAAGGCGAAAAAGAAAGAUCCAGUACGGCUAGCAGAAGACCAAAGGGCGCCUUCUUCAGACCACCCACAAAAACUGCUAUUACUGUCCUGGAUGAACCUCUCCCAGAAGACACAUCUAAGCCCACCCGUAUGCCAGUCAAAAAGCUUUACACCAAUGUACCAAGAAGCACGAACAAAGUACCACAGGGGAAAAGAGACUGCAUUGUUAUGUGA